AUGGAGGAUUUAAAACCAAUUUGCGAAGUUGAACAAAAUUCUUUCUGUGUGGAAUUACUUAAGCGACUCAACUUGCAACGAAACCAGAAUUAUUUGUGCGACAUAACCUUGGUGGCGAAAGAAGGAAACGAGUUCAGGGCCCAUAAGAAUGUGCUGUCGGCGGCGAGUCCGUUCUUCGUGAAACUUCUUCAGAGCGAGAUGAGAGAGAAGGACGAAGGAGUCAUUAGGUUCGAGGACAUCUCAGGGUUGAUCCUUGCAGAUGUUUUGGAGUUUAUCUACACAGGAAGUGUCGAGGUAAAUGAAACGAACGCCAAGAAUCUGAUUAUUGCGGCGGAAUAUUUACUCAUUGAAGGGUUGAAAACCAAAUCAGGGCGCUUUCUUCAGCAACAAAUUACUUGCUCAAAUUGUAUUUCAACUUUUCGCUUCGCUGAGAAGUAUCGAUGUGAAGAAUUAGUUGCUAAUAGUACAAAGUUCAUACUCGACAACUUCGCCUCCGUAGCAGAAUCAGAGGAAUUCUUAGACCAAAAAGCGGAAGAGGUUGAGAAGUGGAUUUCAAACGACGAGAUUCGUUUAGCAACUGAAGAAGACGUCCUCAAAAUAAUACUGAAUUGGAUCGAGCACGACAAAAGCGAGCGAAAAGAUAAGUUCAAAAAGCUUUUUGGACAAGUUCGACUGGUUUUACUAUCGCGUGACUCUUUGCUAACUGUCGUUACGCACGAACUGGUUCGACAAGACUCUGAAUGUUUGACGAAAGUAUUGGACGCCAUAGUUGUAGUUCGUACCGCAAGCGAGGAUAUCAAUGAUCAAUCACCAAGGAAAAGACUUGAGACACAAGCCAUUGUAGUCGGCGGAGGGGAGUACCUUCUCUGUUACCUUCCAAUGCUUCCAGAGAAAGACGCCUGGAAAACUAUGUCCUAUCUCACAAAGGAGCAGCAGAACCUAAGCCACGGCACAAAGAUGAUAAACUUUCAUGAUCAGUUGUAUACCAUUAAUGGCAACCACGCUCAAAGAUAUGACCCUGUUUUUGACAUUUGGGCGACUUUGAGGCUGGAUAUUCCCUACCGUACAGAAUAUGUGGGUGUUUGUCGAGGGCAGCUCUAUGCUAUAAACAUUGAUGAUAAUGAAACUACUGGUAGAACAUCCACUGUGAAAAAAUUCGAUGUGGAAUCGAACUCAUGGCAGGCUGUUCACUCCUCCAGUUUGGGCUGCAGGUAUGACUCUUGUAUUGUUGCAGCUGGGAACUGUCUUUAUGUUUUAGGUGGAGGUACAACGAGAAGUUAUUCAAACCAAGAGUGUGUUACAGUGUCUGAAAGAUUCGACAUUAUUGGACAUCAGUGGGAGAAAAUUGCAGACAUGCAGCAGGGAAGGGCCUAUGCAUUUGGCGUGGCUUUUCAAGGCAAAAUUUUCGUCGCAGGAGGAAAAGACAGAAGCCGGAAGGAACUUAAUAGUUGUGAGGUGUACAAUAUCACUACCGAUGAGUGGCAGUUUGUUGGAAGCUUGAAUGUUCCCCGUUUACACGGAAGAAUGCUGUGUGUGAAUGGAACAAUUUAUGUGCUCGGUGGUUCAUUGCCUAGAUACGAGUAUGUAUACACAGUAGAAGUCUAUGAUCCAGUGGGGAACAAGUGGACCCAGAAGACCACCAUACCUGUUGAAAGAAUCCCUGAAAAAGAAAGGUCGUCAUUUUCAGGCUGUGCACUGAAACUCUCCAGAGGAGUGCUUGAUAGAGUAAAGAGAUCAAGUUCUUGGUAGUGUUAACAAUUUUUUAUUUGGUGAAACUACUGACACACAGGAGCUGAAACAAAGUCCUCUUUAAUAAAAAAUCCAAGAAAUGUACACUAUAACUGACAAACAACCAUACAAACUGUAUGCCCCCUUGAAGGGAAAUGUCUGCAAACAAACACCCUGUGCCAAGCCAUAGUAGAAUCUGGCACAUGUAAGGAAUCUUAUGUGAGACUUGCCUUAGCUUGCCUCCAACUUAAAAGAACGUUACAGAAACCAUGGAUCAUUCUUCUGACUCAACAGCAGACGAAAUGAAACCAGACUAUCUAAAUACAUAUGGUCAUAUUAGGUCGCCUACAAACCUUGUUAAGUAAAAUGAAAAAUGUCAGCAGUACAGUAACAUUAACAAGAAAUGUAGCCUAUGUCUCUAUGAACAGUUUGUAAUUAUCUACAGAAAAUAUCUAUGCACCCUAAAUAAGCACAAUGAAUUAGCAAGUUCAUAUCCCCACACAAACAAAUAUGUAGUCCGAAACUUUAAGAAUCUCGGUUCACAACUACUACCUAGUAACAGCCUUACCUUGUAUAAAGCGCCAGCAUUUGAAUUUAACUGGGCAUUCGCUGUAAUUGCCUGAUGAGUGUUGUCAUUUUUGACUAAAUGAAACAGAUUGUAGCAAUAAAGUAAUGAACUACCUCUGAAGUCUUGAACAAUAUUUCUUUUGUAAGUUAAGGACUGUCAGUGCCUAUUUAUAUCAGCUCCAGUACUGACGACUUGAAAAGGCUUGCACGCGAAACUAUACUGAUCAUAAUACUCCGCAUUGGGUAACCAACUAGAGUUUUACCAUAGUGUGACCUCAUUUCUUCACCAGCCAUGUUAACAAUGAUAUGAAUUUUUCUCCAAAUAACAACUGCCACCAUUUAAAAUAGCUUAUUUGUUGGCUCAACACUAGAGCUCUUAAGUAUAAUCUAAGGCCUGUUCACACGGAGGUGGGGGGGGGGGACCCCAUGUAGGAAAGGUAACAUGUGGUGGAUCACCCCACCUAUCAUGUAAACGUGAUCAAAUUAAAAUGAGAGAUUAUAUAGACAGGCGGGUUACCCCACCUAAGCGGGUUACCUUACCUGGGGUCCCCCACCUCCAUGUAACAGGCCCUAAGUGUACUUAGAACGUACUUUGAGUAUGAAUGGGUAGAAUUUACCUACUUCAACUUUACUUGAUGACCAUGGAAACGUUCGUAGUUCAAAGAAGCCGAAGUUCAUCGCCAAGUAUGGUCUACACCACACUUGUGAACACACUUGACCAAUAGGACAUGGAAGCCAUAUGCACAAUGUGCACAAUGUGCACGUGCAGCCGUUCCAAGAUUCUUAUGAACGGACAGAUAAACAUUCAACAUUUCUUGGUUAGCUAAGAGCAUUGCAGAAGAGGGCAAGCCCAAGCCCUAUGGCGAUUUCUUUGCCAAAAAGCGGGUUGUUUAGCCAUUCUAGUGAAAUAUGAGGAAGACUUCGCUUGUUUUUUGUUUUGUUUUGUUUUUUCUUGUGCUCCUGCUGUACUCGUAAAAACGACGCACAUAGGCAUCUCUUUUACAGUUAAAAUUCUAUAAGUUAAAAGUAACAAAAAAAUAAAUAGGAAACUGCAAAAGAAUCUUCCCCAGUGAGCAAGCACGUUUGUGAUAAUCAUAUGCAUAAACUAGAAAUACAUGUAUCGCAAAACCUCACCUAGCUUGAAGGGGGGUUGGGGGGCAUAAAAUGUUAGGGAUGGAAGGAGGGGAAAUUGGAGUAAAUUUUGUAGCCUGGGAGGGCGGGUUUCAACAGUGGCUCUAAUACUGGAAGGUGGAAGGUGUGAUGUAGUUAAUCUCCUUUUGUUCGGAGUAAAUUUGGCCCCAGUGCUCUGUCCUUGAAAAGGAUUUUCUGGGAUUUUAAUGGGGUUGGUGUUGUAAAGGAAAGGUAGCCAAUGUUUCAUAGGUUGCGUGUUCACCCCAUUUGACUCUCCUACAUGUGUAAUUAUAGUCAAGAGGAAAUGAAUGUGAUAGUGAAUAACUGCAGGCGAACAUGCAGCUAACCCAUGCCAUCUUUAAUAAUAAGUGUGAAGUGUGUCAUUAGUACUGAGUGGAUGAAAUGGUAGGGGAGAAUGCUGCAGUGAAAGUAACAAUUAAAUGCUGGUAUUUUGAAAUAUGUAUUGUUAAGUGAACUACAUCAAUGAGAGUGUUUACUCUUGUUGUAGUACAUAAUCACACUUGACAAUGAAUUGUUUGUAACAGUAACGUGCAAACAUAAUCACUUACACUAAAAUAGAAAUAAUUUGCAUGUAGCAAUGUCAUUAGGGAUGCAGUUGAGGAGAAUCAUAACAGUGAUCAUGACUCGUGAUCAUUGAAUAUGCAAUACCCUCAUGAGCACUGAAUUAUUUGUGUAAAAAAUACCAAAUCAUGUAUGUGUUCAUAGUUAUUUUGUGUACAUGCAUGAGAAACAAAUACCCAUGCAAGAGUGAAUUUGUAUGAAAUGUCCACCUACAAGUCAUGUUGAAGGUGAUCAGUUUUUCAAUUCUCAACAUGCAUGAGCUUGUUGAGACAUGGUUGCCAGAGGCAUAGUUCUUUAAAUUUCCAGACUGAGAGUCGAAUGUACACUUUUCCCUGACCAAAAAUGAAUUGACAAUUUGUCAAGAUAUUUUUGGAUUCCAAAUUCCAGUCAAGACUUCGUGUACUGGACACAGAAGACGUUAAAAAAACAGACUUCUUUGUUUCUUGUUCAGGGAAAAUCUGCUUGGUAUUGUUUCGUGGGUUUUGUUCUUUUGUUUUAUGUCAUCUACCAGUCCGGUAUACAAAAUAAAUGUCCCAUCAAAGCCAUCCUCGGCCUCUCUACUUAUUUAUGUAUCGGUCAAAUCGAAGCUUCAACAUGCUCCCCCCCCCCGGGCAUACCCCGGGCAUUUGACACCUUUGCCGUCCCGGGGAGGAGGGAAUUUGAUUAUCAGAGUCUUCCAGGGGGUGGGGAAUUUGAACUGCACCCUCGAUUUCAUGUAAAAUCUUUGGCGUGGCAAGGUAUGGGGGACGUGGUGUGAGAGGAUUUUCGUGGAAACGAUUGUGCCUCUGUGGCCAAUUGGUUACGAGGAAAGGGCUUAAACAAACUUUGUGCCGUAUUUGAAGUAUUUAGAUUUUAAAAUUUUUAAUAUUGGAUUCAGGCUUUGAAGGUAUGAAUGUAUUUUAUUGUUGUGUUUACAAUGAAAUACAAUACCUAUACCGGCGAUUCAAUACAACAACAUAAAAUAGAAUAAAAUAAAAUGGUCAACUUCUUUGACCUACUGCAGGUAUGUUAAUAUAAUAAGAUGAGCGAUGAUGUAUGUCAGUGAAAUGGUCAUGAUGUAGUAAUCUCAAUAGGUGGGAUCUUUUUUAUAGAACGCUUUCAUUCGCUGACGCUUUGUAUGUUGCAUGACAAAGAAAAGCUGAGCAUUCAGAGACCUUGUAGCAGCGAUUUCCGCCGCUUUGCACGAGACUUUUGUUCGUAGUAAAUACGCUAACAGUGUUUCUCAGUUUUUGUUAUAUUGAUAAAGAUUUUGUUCGACAACUGAAGGCGUUUCCGCCAUCCUUCUGUCAUUUUUGUACCUGUGAAAUGUCCCCGGGGUGGGGGCAUUUGAUCACCUGAAUGGACCCAGUGUGGGGCAUUUGAACGGCAUUUUGGCCCGGGUGGGGGGGAAUUUGAACAAUAAUUUUCAAAAAAGUCAAAUGCCUGGGGGGUUGCCCGGGGGGGACAUGUUGAAGUUUCGAUUUGACCGAUACAUUAUUAAAUGAAUUUAUCGUGAAGGUAAAGUGGAGAAUGGAUUGAUCUUACAGGAAACCUUAUAUCUGUUUGUCGUUUAAUUUCUUGAAACAAUAUUCUGCCAAUGGAACAUGUUUAACUUCGGUGAAUAUGCAGGAAUAUGUCACCUCCCCCUGACUUAUUUGUAAGAGUUAAAUUUUCCCUUACUUAUACCGUAAUUCCGUGAAUUGUUAAAUUGUCCCUUACGAACACCGAAGGGACAGAGCGAAGUGCCGAGAAGUGUCCGUAUGAGAGAGGUGUUCGUAAAAAGAGGUCACUACGAUCACGUCACUUUUAUGACUUCACUUACAGUUUUAAGUGCAUUUCCUGUCGUCGCUUCUCUUCCUCCGAAAAGGGGGAGAUUAGAAACUAGAGCCGAAAAAAACCGGAUGCUCUCGCAGGCUACACUGUGUCGGUCUUCAUGGGGGACGCUGUCCAAAAGGAUCGCGGCCCUCUUUUUGCGACGGAAUUUCAUUCUAGUAUCAUGUUCACUGGAAACGAACUUUGUUCCGCCUUGAAAAUCGCAAGCUAUCAUGUUUAUCGUCUGAAGUGAGUGGCGCGUGCGUGUCUGAUCUGGCGCGAAAACCACGCGCCUUAGGCUGGGUCGUUCGAUUCUAUCAUGUGAAUACAGUGGACGCUCUCUUCGCCUGUCAUUUUUCUCUUUCCCAUAGUCCCUUGCGCUUCGGUAACAGUCACUGCGUGUCACUCGCGUUUCGCGCUCGCCUCUGUGAGAAAAACGAAGCACCUGAGGAGGAGGCAGACUCUGGAAUGAAACUCAUUCCGGAAUGAAAGUCAGUCCGGUAUCAUAUUAACAGCCCCUCAGAGAGUCAACAAAAAGGAGUAAAGAAGGCAUGCAGAGUUGCCUGUAGAUCAAAGAGGUUUUCUUCAAUCCUCACAAUGCCUUUGACCUGUGAUAUACGGUAUCAAGGAUGAGGAAAAUAGAGGGAAAAACCCAAGCGACACCUGUAUGGGUGAAAAUAUGGCAUUUCUGUCCUAACCACCCUCCUAAAUCUCUCCUAAGUAAGACGAAAAUUUUCGAUUUACACCCCUACUAAGGCAGACGACAAGCAUUCACGUCUCUUUCAUAUAAGAGUCCAGAAGAAAGAUGAUGUUAAUUAAUGUCAUGAUGAAUUUCAAUUAAAUUAUAUUACUGGCGGGAGUCAAUAAAACGCCGACUCGGUGUCGGGGCCUUCUCGAAAAUCCGGGUAACUGUCGGGCCCGAAGCCAAUAUCCAAAGACUAAGAGAACUAUUCUUUAAUCUUAAAUCUAACAAAUUAUUCCAUUUUGUUUUGUUACACGCCGGCAAGACAAUAACCCAUUUUACAGUUACAGCUACAGGUGGAAACGAGGCUGGAGUUGAUCUUGUUUUCAUUUAACCUCUCUUCUUUAUUAUGUUGCUCUCAUGCUAACUAGUAUUUUUAAGCCAAAUUUGCAUUAGAAAAAGCAGGAGGUUUGUAUCAAAACAAGGUUAACCUCAACCUCGCGUUCACUCAUGACAAGGGCUAGGACAAUAAGCCCACAACUGCAAAAUGGCCUAUUGAAACCACGAGUCUCCAGAUUUUUUUUCGAAACAAUACCCUCAUACAUAUUAUAUUCGGAAGACAAACCAAAAAGGAAAAAAAUACCGGUGAAUACCGAAAUGGCUGUGAAAUGAAGCUUUUAAUAGAUGAGAAAUCAACUGAAUCGAGACCAGACACUAUUCUUAGAAGUUCAGUGGAAGUUGCCAUCACGUUCUAUUCACUCCUAUUCCUGACGACAGCUGUAUACUAGUCCGGGCUUGUUUGCUAUCAGUCACUGGGAAAAAUGGAGGAUUUAAAACCGAUUUGUGAAGUUGAACAAAGUUCUUUCUGUGUGGAAUUACUCAAGCGACUCAACUUGCAACGAGGUCAGAAUUAUUUGUGCGACAUAACCUUGGUGGCGAACGGAGGGAAAGAAUUCAAGGCCCACAGAAAUCUGCUCUCGGCGGCGAGUCCGUUCUUCGAGAAACUUCUUCAGAGCGAGAUGAAAGAAAAAGAAGAAGGUGUUAUUAGGUUCGAGGACAUCUCAGAGUUGAUUCUCGCGGAUAUUUUGGAGUUCAUCUACACAGGAAGUGUCGAGAUAAAUGAAACGAACGCCACUGAUCUGAUUAUUGUUGCGGAAUAUUUACUCAUUGAAGGUUUAAAAACCAAAUCAGGGCGUUUUCUUGAGCAACAACAAAUGACUUGCUCAAAUUGUAUUUCAACCCUUAACUUCGCGGAGAAGUAUCGAUGUGAAGAAUUAGUUAUCAACAGUACAAAGUUCAUGCUCGAAAACUUCGCCUCCGUAGCAGAAUCCGAGGAAUUCUUAAGCCUGAAAGCAGAAGAGCUUGAGACGUGGAUUUCAAAUGACGAGAUUCGUUUAUCAGCUGAAGAAGACGUCUUCAAAAUAAUACUGAAUUGGAUCGAGCACGACAAAAGCGAGCGAAAAGAUAAGUUCAAAAAGCUUUUUGGACAAGUUCGACUAGUUUUGCUAUCGCGUGACUCUUUGCUAACUCUCGUUACGCACGAACUGGUUCGGAAAGACCCUGAUUGUUUGACAAAAGUAUUGGAAGCCAUAGAUGUAGUUCCUACCGCUAGCGAGGAUAUCAUUAAUCAGUCACCAAGAAAAAGACUUGAGACACAAGCCAUUGUAGUCGGUGGAGGAGAGUACCUUCUCUGUUACCUUCCACUGCUUCCAGAGAAAGACGCCUGGAAAACUAUGUCCAAUCUCACAAAGCCACAACAAAACCUAAGCCAAUACACAAAGAUGAUAAACUUUCAUGAUCAGUUAUAUACCUUUAAUGGCUGCAGCACUCAAAGAUAUGACCCUGUUUUUAACCUUUGGGCGACUUUGGAGCUGGGUAUUUCCCACCGUACAGAAUAUCUGGAUUGCCGAGGGCAACUCUAUGCCAUACACAUUGAUGAUAGUGAAACUACCGGUAAAACAUCCACUGUGAAAAAAUUCGAUGUGGAAUCGUACUCAUGGCUGUCUUUUCAUUCUUCUGAAUCGGGAUGCCGGUAUGACUCUUGUUUUGUUGCAGCUGGUAACUGUCUUUAUGUUUUAGGAGGAGAAGCAACGAGAAAUUAUUCACACCCAGAGUAUGUUACAGUGGCUGAAAGAUUCGACACUAUUGGGCAUCAGUGGGAGAAAAUUGCAGACAUGCAACAGGAAAGAGGCGAGGCAUUUGGUGUGGCUUUUCAAGGCAAAAUUUUUGUUGCAGGAGGGAAAGACAGAAGCCGGAAGGAAAUUAAUAGUUGUGAGGUGUACAAUAUCACUACCGAUGAGUGGCAGUUUAUUGGAAGCUUGAAUGUUCCCCGUUCUCACGGAAGCAUGCUGUGUGUGAAUGGAACAAUCUAUGUGCUAGGUGGUUCACGUCCUAGAUACGCAAAUGCAUACACAGUGGAAGUCUAUGAUCCAGUGGGGAACAAGUGGACCCAGAAGACCACCAUACCAGUGGAAAGAAUCCCCGAAAAAGAAAGGUCGUCAUUUACAGGCUGUGCAAUGAAACUCUCAAAAGGAGUACUUGAUAAAAUUGAAUAAUUACGAUCAUAUAUUUUCAGCGUGCAUAAUUCGGUGGAAUUGCUGACUAAAAGGAUUUGAAACAUUCUCCUUUUGAUAACUCUUCGAUAACCAUUCAAAAAAGAGGUAGUCACCAGAUACGAAAUGACUCAUUGCACAAAGAAACCCUUAAUUAAUUACAACAAUCCUUUUAACGCAAGAUUUGCAAAUAGAAAUAUAAGCAAACUGUAAGUAUUCUUUAUUAGGAACACUUUGUUGGUCGUGAAAAAUGUUGUGUCUUAGAGAAUGAAAAUGUCGCUUCCAAGCAAGUACAUGGAUUAUAUAAAUUGUCAAGGACAAGUUCUUUAAUUACAAUGAGUGCUUUGCCUGCCACGCAGACUAACAAAAAAGGACAUUUCUGGCUGAAGUUUUCACAGAGGUAGAGAUUAUAAGCCUGAGAAGUAUAAGAACUGUCCGCUGUAGGACCCGAAUCUUGAUAGAGGUUCUCGUAGGGAGGAGUCAACCUGUAAAGUAGAUGAUAAGCAACUUUCAAGGAUCUCAGAAACCUCUCAUACGGGAUGUUGAUGUUUGCUUGUAAGAAGGCUUUCAUUUUGCGGCUGUUCCAGUAAUCCACCAUGUUUCGUGACGCUCUAUGUGAUGCAACAUGCGCGUUAAGAUGAAAGUUCAGAACAGAAAACUCCAAAUGGUAGUGUUAUUUUAACUGAUUGCAAACUAGUACAAGUACAAAGUUCUCCAAAAUCUUAGUAUUUUAUGGCUCUAAGUAGAGCAAGAGCAAUGUACUGCUUAUUUCCAUAUGCGUACGUUGAGGAUUCAGCACCUGCUUUUCUUAAAACAUGAAAAGAGAUACACUACACUGAUCAUGAUACUGCGCAACAGGAAAUCAAAUAGCACGCAGUGGUAUCAUGGUGUCACUUACCUAAUUUCUUUACCAACCAGGUUGAUAAUGAUAUGAAUUUUUCCAAACAACGACUGCAACCAUUAAAAAUAAUUUACUGUACUCUGUUUUGCCCGUUAGCACGACAGGAUUUUAGCUACUUGAAGUUGUGUCCUAGUUACGUUGUGAUUUUGUUAGGCUCGAUUACCACCCGCUGUUCGGGAAAAUGAGCCCGCACUCAGACCGGACCCGGGAGACGGAGGAAAUCGAGCCUAAGAUUUUGUAUUUUGUUGCAAUUCUGACACUAAAAUUGUUUUUAUAUUGCUCCCAAACGUUCCUUUUGUAGUGCUGAGCUAUGUGUAUAUAACAAAAUUUUAUAAACUUCAGUUAAGAAACUCUUUUGAAAACGAUAGCAUCUUUUUCAACAAAUCAAAACGGCAACGUUUAUGCCUUAGAUUUAACAAUUUUUGACCUGCAGUAUUAGCCCCUACAAGUUAUUACCAGCCGGAGUUCAGCCGCAGGUCUCGGAAGAGCUAGAAAAACGUCGUGGUCUGAUUAGAGAGUUUACAAGUCAAACGUCUCGAAAAUCGUCACGGAAUUUUUUGGAAUUUUCCAAAAAUAUUGUCACUCUAUUACUCAAAUGCGGGACACCCUUAUCAGGAAUUUUUCACAGUCACUUACGGCCUUUGUAUUGCUCUUGGAACAGGACUGUUGGAAGCAGCGUCUCAAGACAUCCAUGGUACGGUAUAAAAUGGGCUUCUGGCGCAGUUGUUGUCACAUGAUCAUAGAAAAUGAAAAUUGGGAGUGGCGGGUUUCCCCCAGGUACGAUUUUCCGUUUCUUUUUUAGUUUUUUCAUUGCUGAUCCAAUAUCAGUAAAGUUGCGGAAUAGAGAGGUAAGUAACCUGAGAUCAGGCCCAAUUUGAGCGGUUCUCAUACAUUCUCUCUAACGGCUACUCGUUUCGGCAUGCCCGCCGGAAUCUUAUUAACAAAGCGAAACGAAAAUAGAGCCUGAUCUCAGGUUAAGAGGUAAGUCGAACAAACAUAACAUUGUCUGGAGUUAACCGGCUACGUGCACCACUGGCCAUGGCCUCUUCAGCGUUGUAGAAGAGCUGAGGAGAGGGGAAAUGUCCACUGCCCUUACGAGGCGAGGCUGAGUGAGAAGAAGUUAUUUUGAUAUGAAAAUGAUCUUUUAUUCUCAUGCAAAUACAGUCGACUCUCUCUUAACGGACACCUCCCUAAAACGGACACCUGGAGUUGGUCCCUGCCUUUCUUUACUCCCUUUAUUUGACUCUCUAUGAGACGGACAUCUCUUAGACUGUUCACAGUCCUCUAUUUUUCCGUAAGAUCAUCGAGAUCGAGAGCUUUGCGUUACGGGCUACCCAUCUUGCAUGAGUGUCAAAACUACCUAGGGGGCUAUAAUCCCCGACGCCCGCCCCCUCGAUACAUUUGAAAAUCAAGAUAGCCGUGACGGUAAGAAGCGGUGUAUCUAAACGAUCUCGCGAAAAAAUAAGGGACUGUGAACAGUCUAGACAUCUCUCUAAGACGGACACUCACUGCCGGUCCCAAAGGUGUCCGUCUUAGAGGGAGUUGACUGUAACACUCAUUUUCACAAGAAGGGUUUUGCACUUAGCCUCGUUUUGAACGUGAGAGGUUUUGGAACUAUCUCGGAAAUGGCCCAUUAUUGCUAGUUUUAUUGGAGCACCCAACAUGAGCCUCUGAUAGCCUGCAUAGGAAUCGUUUCCGCGCGGUUUCGGAGCAAAGAACGAGGAACGAGAGUCAAAGACCGCGCGAAAAAUGGGGCGAGUAAAGAAGCGGGGAGGGGGACUUACUUCCCCUCCCCCUUCUUUCGUUUUUUGGCUGUCGUUUCAUUUCUCGCGCGGCCAAAGCCGAAAAUCCCCAGCCUCGUACCCAGGCCUGUUCGCGCUAUCCGAGUGACCAGAGGAGGCUUGGAUGGUUUUACUCAUUCCCGACAGGCAAUGGAACACACUCCUGAGAUGGGACGAUUUGUUGGGCUGAAUUAAAUCCAUAUUUUUUGAUACAAUCAAACCUCGAAAUUACUGACCUACGAUAAUAACAGGUGUACACGCGGAACGAUUCCUUGAAAGAAAUUUCUCCAACAUCUCUAUGUAUUUGAUGGCAAACGUUGAUUAAAGAAUCCCAACCUGACCAACCUAUUUCCGACGCUUUUUUUCAUUUCUUCAAGAAUCUUGGCUGAAGUCGCAUUCUUGGCUUGACGCCGCCAUUUUGGAUUUGCCAUUAUUUGCCAGGCGUCCUAGGCGAAUUUUCCCGACAAGCUUGACAAGUGACGUCACAUCCGAAAUCGCCGAGGGCGACUGGGAACGAGGCUGGAAAAUCCCGUUCCUCGUUGUUACGCAGGCUGUGAGAGGAGUGUACUCUGCCAACUUGGGUUGAAAUUACAGAAUUUAUGAGACGCCGUCUCUAUUGAACUUAGUAUGGAGGAACUGAGUGGUGAGAAAGAGCCUCAGGAAGUCUGUCACAAGUUUGUCGAAACUCAAUCUGGUUCGUCAGUCGAGCGGUCUCUUCUAGUAGAUUUAGAACCCAUCAGUGAAGCUGAACAAUCUUCGUUUUGCGUUGAGCUGAUGAAGCGACUCAACAUGCAACGACAACAGUCCUAUUUCUGCAACAUAACCUUAGUAGCGAAAGAAGGGAAUGAAUUUAAGGCCCAUAGAAAUGUGCUAUCGGCUGCGAGUCCGUUUUUUUCAAAGCUUCUUCAGAGCGAGAUGAAAGAGAAAGAGGAAGGAGUCAUUCGGUUCGAGGAGAUUUCGAAAUCGAUCCUCUCAGAUGUUUUGGAGUUCAUCUAUACAGGAAGUGUCGAGAUAAAUGAAAAGAAUGCCAGGGAUCUAAUAAUCGCAGCCGACUAUUUACUGCUUGAGUCUUUGAAAAUCAUUUCCGGGCGAUUUCUACAGAAGCAAAUGACCACCUGUAACUGCAUUUCAACUUUUCACUUUGCCGAGAAAUAUCGGUGUGAAGAACUUGUUCUUCGUAGUACAAAGUUCAUUCAAGACAACUUCACUUCCGUAGCAAAGGCAGACGAAUUUUUAAACUUGGAAGCCGAAGAAGUUGAGAAGUGGAUUUCAAGCGAAAAUAUUUUGGUUGCAGCUGAAGAAGAUGUGUUCAGAAUAAUAGUUAACUGGAUCGAGCUAAACAAAGGUGAGCGAAAAGACAAGUUUGAGCAGCUUUUUCGUCAUGUCCGACUAGUAUUGCUUUCGCGUGACUUUCUGUUCUCUGAUAUUGUGACAAAUGAACUGGUAACAGAACAUUUUUCUAUUUUGAGGCGGGUCACGGAUGCUAUUAAGUUAGUUCGUGCUACAAGUGAGGAUACUCAAAUUCAACUGGCGAGAAGAAGGCUUCAAACACACGCCAUUGUAGUACGUGGGGGAAAGAAAACUUACUGUUACCUUCCCGAGAAAGAUGAAUGGAAGCGAUUAGCGGACGGAGUAUCAGAAGAUCGAAACCACACUACACAGUUGAUAAAAUUUCGUGAUCAGCUGUACAGCUUUCCUCGGAGACAAUAUGAUGACACAGAAAGAUAUGAUCCUGUUUUUAACACUUGGACGACAUUAAAGUUAUCCCGUCCUGUUGAGAAACUCUCGUUGGCUGUUCUAAAUGGGCAAAUCCAUGCUAUAUACCGUCCUGACUACCGAUCUAACCCUGUGAUUCAAAGAUAUGAUAUAGAGUUGUGCACCUGGGAGACUCUGUCAUCUUCUCAGAACUUCCACUACAGGGAUGCAUCAUGUGUUGUUGCCUUUGGCAACUGCCUGUAUGUUCUUGGUGGAUAUAGUGAUAAAGCUGGCAGAUUUGACACUGCAAAAGGGAAAUGGGAGGAAAUUGCAUCUAUGCAAACUAGGACGAACAGUCCCUCUGGUGUGGUUAUUCAAGGGAAGAUUUUUGUUUGUGAUACAGACAACAAAUGUGCUGUGUACGAGGUUUCCACCAAUGAAUGGCAAACCAUGGCAAGUUUGACAAAGUGGGACAAGGUUUCCCGAUUUUGUUUGCAUAGUGUGGUGAGUCUGAACCAAACACUUUAUGCAGUGGGUACAAUCAAAACCAAUUUUUCAUUUGAGCCAGACAAGAUUGUUGCAAUUGAAAGCUAUGAUCCCAAACUAAAUAAGUGGAUCCAGAAGACCUCCAUACCUAUCAACAAGAGCUCUGAGGAAGAAACUUAUUCAUUUCAAUGUGCUACAUUAAAACUUUCUAAAGGAAUGCUCUACGGAUCAAAAAUAAUUGAAAUUGAUACAUGACCAAGUGACAACGACAUUUCUUUAAUAUUUGCAGUGAAAGAUGUUAUUUCAGUAUUCAAGAAGGAUGAGUGAGACGUGUGUCUCAAACAAUACAAAUCAAUUUUCUAUUUUUCGGGAAUCGUUUUAGCUUCUGGUAACCCAUGAAGUAGAUUCAAGGGAUCCCAUUAUUCUCUCUGUCUUCUGGUAGUGGUUGUUUUCAAUGUUUAGAUUAUUCCUGCAGGCCCUCCUAGGUUAUGCUAGACAAAAAAAUAAGGAAAAACAAAAUGAAAAAAAUGAAAGCUUUUUUGGAUAUUAACAAUCUUUUUUGAAACCUAGUUUUUGUAUUUUGUGAAAGUCGGGAAAAAUUCUAGAGUCUCUCCCCAGAUCCUAGAUUUCCCCAGAUAAAAAAAGAAAACUAUGUUGUUUGUUUUUUGUAUCCCUGGUAAAAGAGUAUUUCAGGCUCAAACAAAUGGCUAUAAUACAUAAAAAUGUACACAGUUCAUAAGCUGGUAUUGUCUCCCUUGCGGCCGUUUUUGUCUCGUCGCCCAAGGCUCUCCUAGGCGCAUUUUGAAAAAAUUGUCGUAAACGUAGAACUGGUUUACAUGAGACUCAGAAGACUGUUGAGUUGAAAGGAGAGAUUUUCCAUGAAUUCUUUAUUUGCCUCGACUUUCAGAUAUAACUUUCAAAUAUUCCCUUUGACUUUGAUUUUAGUAAUUCAUGCUGAAUUUGCAUAAAGAGAUUUAAGCUGUGCAAAAAGGCUCGUGUCAUUUUAUUGUCCUUUGUUUCAUUUGCUUUGUGUUCACUAAGCAAUAAUAAUAGAAAGUUAAGGCCAACAGUGUUUCUUAACAAAAAAAACUAGUUGCUCAUUCUCUAUUUAAUUAUGCACAUUUUACUUCAGUGUUGACUCUUGAAAGAAUACUUAGUUUUUGAACAAUGGUUAUUUAACUUAAGUCUAUCUUUCGUGAUUUCACUACCAGAUGACAUCUAGUCAUAGUAGUGCCUGGUGUUCCUCAUUUUAAUUGCAAUUGAGUUAUAUUUAUUUGCGAAAAUAUAUUUCAUUAGGUUGUUAGUUAAAUAGAGAUAAAAGGUGAAUUUUGAAUAUGAAAGGUUUUGGUGUCUUGCAAUUUUUAAAAUAGAUCGGUUUUUGUUCAAGGUGAAAACUUGCAAUUAGGGACUGGUCAUUAUUCAUGUAGAGGGGGGGAGGAGAAAAGGAAGGGGGGGUCAAGGCUAUUGCAGAUUGGCUAGAAGGGGGGGCUAAACGUUUUUGUAAAGAAGUUUAAGGGGGUCAGCCGUUUGAUCGCGACUAGUAUAUUUCAAGAGCGGUCCAUCGGCCAAGAUUGGUAAAGCAGUUAAAUAGUAGAGCACAAACAAUAUAUGUGAAACAGUAAUGCUAAAUUGUACAAUUUUAUGCUAAUCCUAUUGCUUUUUGUUUAUUUAAAGCAUCACUAUUUUGUACAACUUAGUCAUUUGUAUUUGACAGAAAUUCUGUUUGCACUCUAAACUUCAUUGUUAUUUCAAAUUUUAGCUAAUAAAGAAUUCAGACUUGUCUGCUUUAAUAUUUGGUUUGACUAAAUUUUCUUUUAACGAAAUGCUUGUGUCACUUCAAUAUCCCAAGAAAAACGUGAUGAAACAACAAGAAAGUAGUCCUUUUACAACUGCAGGAAAAUCAUUUCAAAGGAAUUAGAUUUUGCAUGGUUAUUACAUUCGUGCUCACCAUGAAGGCAGGAGUUGUAAAAAUCUAUCACUUUUCCUUUAUUUAUAUGCUGAUUUUGUAAUAGAUUAGGUUAGUGCCAUUGUUAUGCAAAGUAACUACCGAAUUAGCGCCCACCUCAAAUAAGGGUCCAUCCUAAAGGCAGAAAAAGUUAAUUAGCGUCCAGCCUCGAAGAAGCGCCCACCCACACCCCACACCCCACCCCCCUCUCCCUCCGACUCAAAUUCAAAUAAGCUGUAUCUGCUUCUCGGGCGACUAACCUAUCUGCCGACGUUACGAUUUCGGACAUCGAGGAGGAAUUCCCUUAUUGACUUAAGUGACAAUGAGAUUGAAAUUGAUAUUGAUAAGUACUAAUAAGAGAGUUCCCCGAAGAUGGAGUUUUCAUCAGAGUAUUUUACAGAAACCUUGCUUUGUUAUAUCUUCCCGUUUUGUUAUUACCAUUUGUUGUUUCGUUGCAAAAUGAAAAUACUACUCUUGCUGAAAAUGGUGAAUAUUUAAUAAGCGCCCACUCUCAAGGCCCAAAAAUUUAAUAAGCGCCAAGGGCGGUCAAUCGAAUGAAUACAGUAAGUCUUCACUCUUAACAGAGUAUUGUUACAUGCAUUUUAAUACUUACUUUGUAGAGCAUAUAAGAGGAGAUAUGAGGUUGGGGGGGAGGGGGGGUCAUCACGUAAAUAUUGAAUAAAGAAGGGAGGUAACUUGCUGUUUACAUGGUUUGCAGGGGGGGGCCUUACAGAAAUUUUGAUCUUUCCAACAUAUUUUUCCCUCCCUCACCUCUACACAAACAAUGACCGUUCCCUUUGUCUGGGCUUCUUCCUUUCAAGCAUGUUAAGGCAUGACACAAAUCCUAAUUUGCAUAAAAGCUGCAAAGAGUCAUAACUUUAAGAGUAUUUACGUAAACAUGAUGAAUCUUGGUAAUAACAUAAAAAAUUAACAUCGUCAAGUUAGUGUUCUGUUUAAAAGGGGAAUUUUAUGCGUCACGUGAACUGUUAUAGCAGUUUUCUUACGAGAAGAGAGAAGUGAAAAUGGGCCGCCGAGAUGACAUGUAACGGGUAUAUGUUAAAACCCCAACGUAAUUGUCUGGUUCUCCCCUUACGAAUCUGUCCAGAAUGGAUGACUAUACCAUUCACCGUUAAAGAAUAAUUUUUUAAAAUAGGUCACGUGACCAUUUCAUUCUUCUAAUAACUUCUUCAUGAAAUGAGAUUUUCCUCAGUCCUGGACCGAAUUUGAAUCUAUGCACCAAGUCAAUGAAUAUAGCAUGGUUUUUUGCCUGCCACAGUUAAACACCAUUGGCCUAUUUCAUUUUCUUCUUUUUCUUUAAUCAUGACUUCAUCAAACACUUGACCACAGUUUAAGAACCCUUAAAAUUAUGAGGAUGAUGAAUUAUUUCUGCUUCGUACUUCAAAUGGUCGAAGGAAGCUAAUUUCUUUGUGGGGGAUCUAAGGGCGCUUUCCAUUUGUCAAAACUGACCGGCCAGACCAUUCCAGUAGUAACAAGAAUUUCACUUUUAAUCACAACUAUCCAACUAGAUCAGUCAAAACCUAAAUACUAAUGCACAAAGGAGAUGGUGUUUCAGCAAAAACGCUUGGGAAAAAGCUAUUUCAUUGUCAAAAUGACUACUCCAGCCAUGGUCCGGCCGCCCAGUUCCGACUUUUGGAAAGCACUCUAAGAUCGGGGAAAGGGUAUACCUUAACAUGCUUGUCAUGAGCUGUUUAGCAGUCGAUAGCUGAACUUGUAAAGCUUUGUAACUUCAUUCCUUCGGCGAAGCGCGAUUUUUCGCGACGCUCAGGAAUGUCCCUAAGUUGCUUUUUUGGGGACAAGUCUGGACACUGCGCCAGUUUUUUAGGUUUUCAGUUUUAUUCAGCUUUUUGACGAACUGAGAGCCGAAAUAGUUCGAGAUAUCUCGAGAUCACUUCGAUUUCUUUGAUUUAUUCUUCAGUUUAUUCGAGGAGGAGGCUUGCCCGUGAUAGAGGUUCUCGUAGGGAGGGGUCGACCUGUAAAGUAGAUGAUAAGCAACUUCAAGCUUUCAAGGGUUUCAGAAACCUCUAAUACGGGAUGUCAAUGUUCGCUUGUAAGAAGGCUUUCAUUUUGCGGCUUUUCAAGUAAUCCGCCCUGUUUCCGCUCUAUGUGAUGCAACAUACAAGUUAAGAUGGAAGUUCAAAACAGAAAACUCCCAAUGUUGUGUUAUUUUAACUGAUUGCAAACCAUUGCGAUUACAGAGUUCUCUAAAAUCUUAGUAUUUUAUGGCUCUUAGUAGAGCAAGAUUAAUGUACUGUUUAUUUCCAUGUGCGCACGUUAAGGAUUCACGACCUGCUUUUCUUAACUAUUGUACUUGAAAGAUGAAAAGAGAUACACUACACUGAUCAAGAUACCGCGCAAUCGGGUAAUCAAAUAGCACGCAGUUGUAUCAUAGUGUUACCUAAUUUCUUUACCAACUAGGUGAAUUUUCCAAUUAAGAAACGACUGCAACCAUUAAAAUAAUUUAUUGUAGCCUGUUUAGUCCGUUAGCGCGUCAGGUUUUAACUACUUGAAGUUAUGUCUUAGUUGUGAUUUUGUAUUCAGUGUAGUAAUUCUGAUACUACAGGGGUACCCAGCGACAAUUUUCGGAAAAUAUCUGUUCGGAAGACGAUUUGAGAUCUAGAAUUUUCGGAACAUUUGUUGUAAAAUUUCUUGCUUGCCUGCCUCUCCUAGCUAGGAUUUUCGAACAUCUAAAAACUACUGUAAUUUCCCAUUUUUAACGGAUUUUUACCCUUAAAAGGUCACCUAGAAUUUUCGGUAGCCUUUUUUCUGGCUGAAAUUUUCGAAAAAGUAAGUUUUGAUCCCUAUAAUUUUCGGAUCACUAGACUUUCAGCUAGGAAAUCCGAACAGAUGAAAAAUUUUUAGGGGAUAAAAAUAUGCCUAUAUCUACCGUCUAAAUACUAAAAUACGGUUAACAAUGCUAUGUUUAAGUGGUUUUCAACAAUAUUCUCGUUGGGUGCCCCUGAUACUAAAAUUGUUUUUAUUUUGCUCCUAAACGUUCCUUUUUUAGUACUGAGGUUUGUGUAUAAACUUCCGUUAAUUAAGGAACUCUUUUAAAAAAAGGAUUGCAUCUUUUCAGUUAAACAAAUCGAAACAACGCUCAUGCCUUAGAUUUAACAAUGUUUGACCGACAGUAUUAGCCCUCACCGGUUAUUACCAGCAGGAGUUCAGCCGCAGGUCUCGGAAGAGCUAGAAAAACGUCCUGGUCUGAUUAGAGUUAGUACAAGUCAAACUUCUCGAAAAUCGUCACGGAAUUUUUCGGAAUUUUCCAAAAGUAUUGUCACUGUAUUAAUCAAAUAGGGGUGACCCUCAUCAGGAGUGUUUUCACAGUCAUAUAUGGUUAGUGUGUGGUGUAUGGUAUGUAUGGCUCUUGGAAGCAGCGUCUCAACACAUCCAGGGUACGGUAUAAAAUGGGCUUCUGCCGCAAUUGUUACAUGAUCAUGAAAAAUGAAAAUUGGGUGUGGCGGGUUUGAUUUUCCCAUAGGCGUACGGGCCGGGGGGGCGAUAGCCUGUUCCAAGCGUUCAGAUAGUGGAGAGCGGUGUGGAGUAGAGAAAGCGAUGAAAAGUAGAGGGGGACUGGGGUUUUCGCGCUCCCUUUUACUUUGCACCGCUCCGCACUAUCUGAACGCCUGGAACAGGCUAGGGGGGCGAGGGGGGCUGCAGCGCCCCCAAAGUUUGGGCAACUCAGAUUUUUUGGGCAGCAAGAGAAAACUUGGGCAAAGCCAGUUUUUAAAGACGUUUCCAUGUUUUUUAUUAUUAUUAUAUUUUGAAGACACAAAUAUUUUCUAUUUUAACCAGAAGUCGGCGUAAUAAUUCAGUUACGUUCACACGAGAGAGUGGUUGCCUAGCAUGUAAUGAGUUUCUGGUUGUAAGGGAAGGGUAUCAUAUGCUGAUUUUUUUUGUUGUUGUUGUGCACUGUACUUCACUGUACUAGCUGGAGUGGGCUAUUUCCAGUCAUGAAUUGAUUAGAAUAAACUUCCGCAUAACUUUCUAGAAUCACCUCCGCUCCUAGAACAGUGUGUGGCAGAACACGCAUCAGCAGUGGGUCUGAAAGUGAAGUGGCUGACUAAUUCUCAGUUUGAAUUACGAGAAGAAUCAUAAUUUUCUUGAAAAAAUCUAUCGAGGGUUUAAAAAUUAUUCACUAAUUUGUUUAAGUAGACCGAAAUGUUUACGAAACUCCUAACAAGAUCGAGCGCUAAUCAAAUCCUUCCUUAUUAGCAAUUGGCAGGAGCUAUCUCCAUGAUCUUUCAUACACGUUUUUAAUAAGAUUGAAACUCCGUUUUCUAAACAUCAAGAUUUUCCUUUUUUACCUUAUUUCUAACAAUAAAAACUUCAUCCCAAAAUAUCUCGAUAACGCUCUUACAGUUCCGUUUUAACUUCACGAACAUCGAGGCGACUAUUAGAGGAAAGAGCUUCCCGGAACGAUUUUGUAAGAACAGUUCCCAGUGAGAAAUAUUGCUGCAAGUAUAAUAGGUAAUGGCGUCAUUUCGUUGCUAUGACAGCUCCGAUGUCAUUGCAAUCCUGAUCAUGACAAAUUUCCCUCUUUAUCUAAUACAACUGUGGUGGCAAUUUUUUCCAAAUGCUUGUUUGUGGCGACGUAGUUUAUGCUCAAACUUGGUAGGUAUUGACUCUGAAAAACUGUAUCGAGCCACUUUCAUAUGCCAGUACGGCCUAUUUUGUUGCAUGGCCCUAGUUUCCUUUGGACUGUUUUGUAAAAAUUUGGGCAUCUUGCAAGAAUUUUUUGGGCAAAUGGAUUACCGCCCCCCCUGGCAAAAAAUUGCCCGUACGCCUAUGGAUUUUCCGUUUCUUUUUUAGUUUUUUCAUUGCUGAUCCAAUAUCGGUAAACUUGCGGAAUAGAGCGGUAUAUCGAACAAACAUAACAUUGUCUGGAGUUAACCGGCUACGCACACCACUGGCCUCUUCAGUGUUUUUGUAGAAGAGCUGGGGAGAGGGGAAAUGUCCAAUGCCCUUACGAGGCGAGACUGAGUGAGAAGAAGUUAUUGAUAUUAAAAUGAUCUUUUAUUCUCAUGUAAACAAACUCAUUAUCACAAGAAAGGGCACUUAGCCUCGUUUUGAACGUGAGAGGUUUUGGAACUCGGAAAUGGCCCAUAAUUGCUAGUUUUAUUGGAGCACCCAACACGAGCUUCUGGUAGCCUGCAUAGCAAUCGUUUCCGUGCGGUUUCGGAGCAAAGAAAGAGGAACGAGAGUCAAAGACCGCGCGAAAAAUGGCGCGAGUAAAAAAGGGGGGCGUGUGUGGGGAAGGAAGGUAGGAAACCUUCCUUUCCCUCUCCGUCCACCCUCUUUUAGGGACUGUGCAAUAAUUAUCAGGAGGAGGGGGCUGAAAAACUAGAGGGGGGGUAUUACAUAAAAUUGCUGCCAAGAUAGGGGGGGCUCAAAGUAAAAUCACUCAUUUGACGGAGAGGGGGCCUUAAGUUUUAUUCGAAAUGUAAAUAAAAUUAAACGCAAUAAAAGAUUCUCAAUACAGGCAUCAUGAUAGACUGUAACAAAUAUCAACACGAACAGCUGUUAAACGAUUAUUGAAAAUAUUCCAUCAAAAUGAAAAGCAAAUUCAAAACUGAUGAAUUUUAACCCGUCUUCUAAUUAAUUGAGCUGAUCCUAUGUAAAGCAAAAAUCAUGAACUUGUUUUUCAGCUUCCCCCAUAAAACAAUGGGAAUCAAACAUAUCUCGUAGACAAGCUUUGUCGGUUUUUGAUUUGAAUAAAAGUAAUGUUUCUUCAUCGACUGAAUCGAUUUGCUGAAUUCCUUAUAUAUGUGGCGCAUAACAAAGUUCAACAGGCUCUCCUCCCAAGGAUCUAAAUAUAAUGCAAGCUCUUUUUCGUCUGUUAUUUGAAGCGUUCAAUCUCCUGUUCUUUGAUUUUUUUUCUCUGCUCCUUUCUCUUUCUGGCUUCAGAAGUUUUAGAUUUUGAGCCAAUGUGGUAAGCACCCCGGUACUUAGCAAAUGCUUUGUCUAAAUCUUCAAUCAAGCGAUCAACAUCCUUCUCGAUACUAGAUGUUACAUAAUAACGUUUGUCAUUAUUGAAGCAGUUUUGAGUUUACCAGUGUGGUGGAAGGGGCGGGGGGAGGGUGCGACGUUAUUUUUAACAUAACAGAGGGGGGGCUAGAACUAAUUUUUUUUGUUUUGGAAGGGGGUACUGUCUAAGUUUUUGCUAGAUAACUCUAGUUUUUCAGCACCCCCUCCUGAUAAUUAUUGCACAGUCCCUAAUCAGUCCCUAUCCGUUUGUGGCUGUCGUUUCAUUUCUCGCGCGGCCAAAACCGAAAAUCCCGUUCCUCUGUCUGUCUUUGCUCCGAAAUCAAACGCUUGUUACGCGGGCUGUGAGAGGAGUGUACUCUGCCAACUUAGGUUGAAAUAUCAGAAGUUUGGGAGACGCCGUCUCUAUUGAACUUAGUAUGGAGGAACUUAGUUGUGAAAAAAAGCCUCAGGAAGUCUGUCACAAGUUUGUCGAAACUCAAUCUAGUUCGUCAGUAGUCGAGCGGUCUCUUCUAGAUUUAGAACCCAUCAGUGAAGCUGAACAAUCUUUGUUUUGCCUUGAACUGAUGAAGCGACUCAACAUACAGCGACAACAGUCCUAUUUCUGCAAUAUAACCUUAGUAGCGAAAGAAGGGAAUGAAUUUAAGGCCCAUAGAAAUGUGUUAUCGGCUGCGAGUCCGUUUUUUUCAAAGCUUCUUCAGAGCGAGAUGAAAGAGAGAGAGGAAGGAGUCAUUCGGUUCGAGGAGAUUUCGAAAUCGAUCCUCUCAGAUGUUUUGGAGUUCAUCUAUACAGGAAGUGUCGAGAUAAAUGAAAAGAAUGCCAAGGAUCUAAUAAUCGCAGCCGACUAUUUACUGCUUGAGUCUUUAAAAACUAUCUCCGGGCGAUUUCUAGGGAAGCGAAUGUCCAACUGCAAUUGCUUUUCGAUUUUUUACUUUGCCGAGAAAUAUAGAUGUGAAGAACUUGCUCUUCGUAGUACAAAGUUCAUUCAAGACAACUUCACUUCCGUAGCCAAGACAGACGAAUUUUUAAACUUGGGAGCCGACGAAGUUGAGAAGUGGAUUUCAGGCGAAAACAUUUUGGUUGGAGCUGAGGAAGACGUGUUCAGAAUCAUACUCACCUGGAUCGAGCAAAACAAACCCGAGCGAAAAGACAAGUUUAAGCAGCUUUUUCGUCAUGUCCGACUGCUCUUGCUCUCGCGUGACUCCUUUUUCUCUAAUGUCGUGACAAAUGAACUGGUAACAGGACAUCUUUCUUUGACCUGUGCUUCAAGAAGAAGGCUUGAAACAGACGCCAUUGUUGUACGUGGGGGAAAGAAAACUUACUGUUGCCUUCCCGAGAAAGAUGAAUGGAAGCGAUUAGCAGACGGAUUAUCAGAAAACCGAAACCACACUACACAGUUAAUAAAAUUCCAUGAUCACUUGUACAGCUUUAGAAGACAUGAUGAUACAGAAAGAUAUGAGCCUGGUUUUAACAGCUGGACCACAUUAAAGUUGUCCCUUCCAAAUGAGACAUUCUCGUUGGCUGUUGUUAAUGGGCAAAUCCAUGUUAUAUACCGCAUUCGGUCGCGUCGAGGCCGCCAUUCCAGCACGUCCGCCCCUGUGAUUAAAAGAUACAAUGAAGAGUUGUGCACCUGGGAGACUCUGUUAUCUUCUCAGGACUUCCAUUACAGGGAUGACUCGUGUGUCGUUGCCCUUGGCAACUGUCUCUAUGUUCUUGGUGGUGGAUAUAGUAACGAAGCUGGCAGGUUUGAUACUGCGGAGAGCAAAUGGCAGGAAAUUGCAUCCAUGCCAAUUUCAAAGUACAGCUCCUGUGGUGUUGCUACUCAAGAGAAGAUUUUUGUUACUUCUGCAGAGGGCCAGGAAUGUGUAGUGUACCAGGUUUCCACAAAUGAAUGGCAUACCAUUCCAAGUUUGAACUUUACCAGAUUUUUUUCAUGUUGUAUGGUGUGUGUUAACGAAACAGUUUAUGCAUUGGGUACUGCUGAAAAUAAUUUGUCACAUGCAUGUGAGAUUGUUGUUAAAAGCUAUACCUAUCAACAAGAGCUCUGA